AUGCCCGUCGCUGUCGAAUCUCUCGCCUCCACCAUCCUCAAUCACUCUGCGACGCCCUACAACUUCCGCUUCUCACCCUUCCUCCGACAAACCUACCAGGUCGGCCUCUCCCCCGAUCGACCAGUAUGCAAAGCUUUCCAGUCAGGUCAUUGCCCGAAUGGCACGCGAUGCCCUGAACGGCACGUCUCCGACUCCAAGACAUCACAACCGACUGGCGGUCUCAACUCGCUCGUGUGCAAACAUUGGCUGCGUGGCCUAUGUAAAAAGGGCGAGCACUGCGAGUUUCUUCACGAGUACAACCUACGAAAGAUGCCCGAGUGUAAUUUUUUCAUGCGAAAUGGAUACUGCUCUAAUGGCGACGAGUGUCUCUAUCUUCACAUCGAUCCUCAAAGUCGACUGCCGCCUUGUCCUCAUUACGAUAUGGGCUUCUGUCCUCUCGGCCCCAACUGUUCGAAGAAGCACGUGCGUAAGAAGCUCUGUGUCUUUUAUCUGGCUGGUUUCUGCCCUGAUGGGCCGGAUUGUAAGGAGGGCGCUCAUCCUAAAUGGUCAAAGGAUCUCGAGAAGCCAACUCUCAAGUCGGAAGAAAAGAAGGACGAGGAGAUGAGAAUGGAAUUUCCUCAGGACGAUAUGGACAGACAGCGCGACCAACAAAGAGACAGAGAUCGAGAUGAUGGAGGAAGACAUCGAGGAGGUCACGGUGGUCACGGAGGUCACGGUGGCAGAGGGAAAUGGAGAGGAAGAGGUAGAUAUCGUGCAAGGGGUCACUAA